AUGGCGACUGAAGAUGAUAAUUUCGAUAUCGACAUCUACGGGGAUGGUGGAGGCUUCAAUUCCAACGACCAGGGUGACACGAAACCGGAAGGUGAUGAUGUCGACCUAGAUAUCCCAGAGCCCGAAGCUCGCGCAACGACAAAUAACACGUCCACGUCCCCCUCCACUCUUCAACCUUCUUCCACACAUCAAUCUCCAUCCUCAUCAAAACCUCAGAUCGAACCUACCCAUCCCACAAUGUCUUCACACUCUGCGAACGGUGACCACCCCAUGUCGCAAGAAAAUCUCAAUCAUCAAGAUACCAUGACUGCCCCUCACGGUGUCAAGCGCAAGGAUUACGAGGAUCGCCCCUCCGAUCCCGAGGCCACCACCGCGCUGGUCAUCUCAGACCUUUUCUGGUGGACCACCGACGACGACAUCCGUGGCUGGGCGAACCAGGCACAAGCGGAAGAGGACCUCAAGGAUGUGACUUUUAACGAGCACAAGGUGAAUGGCAAGAGCAAAGGUCAAGCCUUUGUAGAGUUCACUACUCCUCGGGCCGCAGCGGCCACUAAGGUCUACCUGGAGACCACAUCUGGACGAAAGCACACUGUCCAGUACGCCAAUCCGCAAAUGAACCCGUUCAAGACGCACCCCAAGGAUGGCCAGCAGCGCAAGGAUGGCCCCCGCGGCGCCGGUUACAACUCCGCCGGCAAUCAGAACAUGAACUUCGGCGGCCCUAGCGCAGGUGGCGGCAACAUGAACAUGGGCGGUUACCGCGGCCGCGGCGGCUUCAACCACAACCGUGGAAUGGGCAAUAUGGGCGGUUUCAACAACCGCAAUAACUACAACAACAUGGGCGGCUUCCAGAACGGCGCCGGAGCUGCACCCGCCGGCGGCAACAUGAUGGGCGGCUUCCAAGGCGGUCCCAUGGGCGGUAUGCAGGGCUACGGCUUCGGCAACCGUGGCGGCAUGAUGAACAAUAUGCGCGGCGGUCCCGGUGGCAUGCGAGGUGGCCGAGGGGGCAAUAUGGGUGGUUCGGGCAUGAUGAUGCCCGGUAUGAAUCCAAUGGGCGGCAUGGGCAUGAACCCCAUGGCCGGAGGCAUGAACCCCAUGAUGGGGAGCAUGGGCGGAAACAUGGGAAUGCAGGGAUUCCAAGGCCCUAACCCGGCAUUCAACCAGAACUUCUUCGGGGCCAACCAGGGCGGCGACAGCACCUGGAACCCCCACGGCGCCAAGCGUAGUCGCCAAGAGUAA